ACUUAGGAUACAGUAGUGAAGUCUCAUGUAACUUGAAAGAUUGUAAGAUAAAAGCUGAAAGUAAUUUCAGUCUCUGACUUAGCCUCUGAAAAGUCUAGUGUCCUAAAUUGAGCUCAAGUUUAAUAUGAGCUAGAAAUAAGCCGACCUCUGUAAACGCAGAUACUUACUAUUUUUUAAAAUUGUGCAGCUUUGCUGUGACUCCAGAAUUAUUCAUUUUAAUUUCCAUGAAAUAUGCCUUUACAAGACUUGAAUAGUCAUUAGACUUAAGUAAACUCUGCUACCUAUCUUAACUUUAUUUUUUCCAUUGCUGUCUGUUCAUGAGCUUAAUAUUUGUUUCGUACUUGCCUGAUUGAUUAAGGUUCAUUUAUAACUUACGUUGCUGUGAUUUGGUUAAGAUUCUAUUGAAUUAAGAGGUAAAUUAACUGCAAGUGUCUUGCUAGUCUAGAUUCAUCAUAAGAAGGUGUGUUUCAUUAUAAGUGGAAUAUAUGUGUAGAUAAUAUAUUUAUAGCUUGAUUGUAUGUUAACUUUGUCUGUACGAUAAAUAUAUUGUAUAACCUAACGUUAAGGGGUCUGGUGUAGGGUCCAAUGAAAAGAUUAUCCUGCUGCUCCCUCCUGGCUUUUGUGAGGAAGUCAGCAUUUUCUUUUUUCCUUGACCCCUUACCUUUUCCAGAUAUUGAGGCACUCUGGGCCUGAUCCAAAACCCCAUUGAAGUUAGGGGGAAUCUUUCCAUUGGCAUUGGCUCAGGAUUUCUAUUACUUUCUACCCAAUGGGAUGGGUGACCUUCAACUUUGCAAACUAGAUGAACUUGACUGCCUUAAAGGAGUUUUGUACAUUGACUCAGUUGGAUUCAAUGGACAUUCAGAGUGCUACUUUGAAAACCCAACUGAUUCUCAAAAAUGUCAGAAGCUCCCAUUCAACUUGGAGAAUCCAUAUCCUCUCCUCUUGGUGAACAUUGGCUCAGGGGUCAGCAUCUUGGCUGUGUAUUCCAAAGACAAUUAUAAGCGGGUAACUGGGACCAGUCUUGGAGGAGGAACAUUUUUCGGUCUCUGCUGUCUUCUUACUGGCUGCUCCACCUUUGAAGAGGCUCUUGAAAUGGCAUCCCUUGGAGACAGCACGAAAGUGGAUAAACUGGUGCGGGACAUCUAUGGAGGGGAUUACGCGAGAUUUGGACUGCCAGGCUGGGCUGUAGCAUCCAGUUUUGGGAAUAUGAUGAGCAAGGAGAAGAGAGAGUCUGUCAGUAAAGAGGACCUGGCAAGAGCAACUUUAAUAACCAUCACCAAUAACAUUGGCUCCAUAGCACGGAUGUGUGCACUUAAUGAGAACAUUAAUCGGGUGGUUUUUGUUGGCAAUUUCUUGCGGAUCAAUACAAUCUCAAUGAGGCUGCUAGCAUAUGCUUUGGAUUAUUGGUCCAAGGGGCAGUUGAAAGCACUUUUCUUGGAACAUGAGGGUUAUUUUGGAGCAGUUGGUGCUUUUCUGGAGCUUUUGAAUUCAACCUGAGUCAUUACAGAUCCUGUACAUUGGACAUAAGGUGCAGGAGCUUCUACCCUAUUGGAACUCCAACAUUUAUUUAGCUUUUUUAAAGCAUCUGCUAAGUGACUAUUACAGUAAUUGUACAUGACCUAAUCAUUGCAGAAAAGAAAAGGACAAAUGAAUUUUUUGUAAACAGUUAAAAUUAAUCCUGAAUCUUAAUGUAGAUUAGUUAAUAAUAAGAAAUAUUAUUUCUGCAGUUUUUAUUAUAAUCUGCUACACGUGUUGAUAUAGUGUGGGAAGGUGCGAGAUGGAGAUAGUUUAAUGUGAGACUUGCGCUAUCGUGUUCUCAAAAGACUUCUUUUGUAAAAUGCCAAGUGUCUACAUUGUUACCUAUUUUUUAUUUCACUUGCAAUGUUAUAUGUAUGGGAUUGAAGGACUUGAAGUAUUUGUGGUAGUAUUGAAUAUUGUGGUGUUUAUAUAUGAAAAUUAUCAAAACAGAACCCAGAAAUAUAAAAACUGACCUUUUUCCGAAAGUCCUUGUUUUUGCCCUCUUCUGAAUAUUAUAGUGGCCUGUAAAAACAUCAUCCUACAAUCAGUAAUGGCUUAUUUUCUGGCAAGACACUGUUUUUUAGUCCUUACUUCUUGUUUCUCUAUUUUUGGGUCUUGCUUUCUGUAAAACUGUGUAGCAACUUCCUGCCAUCUGCACCCUGGUGACUCCUUAUAAGCUGACCAGAAACUUCUCUGAAUGUGAAGGUCAAACCCUUAUAAUAUAGUCUUAGCGACAUGCAGCAGAUAUCUCACUUGAAAUCCACUAAGAGUAAAUUUAAGAAUAUUUAUAACUAGUGUGUGUGAUUUUUUUUUUUAAAGAAUUGUAUGUAACUUUACAAAAAAUUGUAAUAAUGCUAUUCCUGAUGUACUCAGGCUAUUCUGUAUAACUUAAUAUUCUGUAGAUGUUUGUUGUCAGCUAUAGUUAAUAAUAUAAUCCAGACUCAGGAGGAAAAUCAAUCUUCUUUCCACAUCA